CAAAUCUAUAAAAAAAAUUGAGAAAAAAGAAAAGAAUAGAGAAAAACAGUAAGACUUUUGUUUUUUUCUCGCAUUUUCUCCAUUGCUCUGUUUCGGGCUCCGUCUCUUCGUGUUCCUCUGUUUUGUCUCUUCGCUUUCCUCUUUUAUUUGAAUCAGAAAAACAAAUUCUUUCGUGUUCGUGUUCCAAAAAACCCCGUCAUCAAAUGGAAUUUUAUCUGUUUCCAUGCUCUUGUUCUCCUUCCCCAGAAGGGGUCAAGAGGUAAGAAACAGAGUAUUAAAUAUUGAAACUAAAGAUCCGAUUAAAAAGGAUUUGUGUUUUUUUCGAUUUGGGUGUUGAAUGGAAAUGGCGUCCUCUGAGGUAGAAAUGUCUUCAUGCCAGACUUUUAAUUGCGCAUUGAACCCUCACGAGAAAUGCAUCCGAGGAGACAACAACAAGAAGAAGAACAAGAACAACAACAAUGUCCGAAACCUACACGUUGCUUUCGAGAAGAAUCUCAAUGUUUUUGUCAGAGAUCAUCUCGAAAACUGUAGCGUCUCUGGUGUCCAUGGUGAUGAUUCCACCAAAGCUAUUCCUGAAUGUUCUUCCGAUCAUCUGUUAUCGAAAACAGAGGAAUCUCGGCACGAAGUCCCCUCGUCGUCUUCUUUAGGAUCCGACCCGGAUCCAAAUUUUCCGAAUCCGGGUCAACCCGAUAAGAACUCGUCCAGGAAGGAAACCAUGGCGGCUUCUUCUCUGGUUCAGAUAUGGGAGGCGAGGACAACGCAGCAACCACCGAGCUCGAACCAAUCCCAAUCGUCCCAGAUUGAUAGCAGAACGAGUUCUUCUGGAUCAAACGUUCUAGAGAAUUCGGAGUCCCUCAACGAAGAAUCCGUCAAAGAAUCUGCAGAUUUGAUUCAAACGAUCGAAGAAGGAAACAAUGAGGAGGCAGAAGAAAAGAUGGAGUGUGAUAUACAAUUCGUUCCUCCUCCACCUCCUGAUUCUGGAGAUAAAGAGAGAGAAGGUGUAAGAGUUAUGGAUAUAAUCCGAAAACUAAGCAGCGACCCAGAAACAUCGAGCAAUAACGACAACGGAAGCAGCGGCAACGACAAUAGCAAAGAAGUUCAGACAGAAACUAAAUGUUUUCCUCAGGUUGCUUGUUCACCAAGAAUAAGAGGGAGACAAGCAUUUGCGGAUUUAUUGGUUCAGAUGACGCGUGAUCGAGAAAAGGAGCUGGCUUCUUUAUCAGAUCGCCAUAGUGUUUCCAAGUUCACGCAUCGCAGACGGAUUCAGUCGACGCUUAGGAUUCGGUGUUAUGAAAGGUGCAUUGCGAUUCAAGAUAAACAUCGAUCAGGAUCUGAUUUAAACCGGUCUCCACGAGGGUCUGGUGUAAUGCAUCUUCUCAGGGAGAAAUAUAAGACAAGUUCUGACAACAUUGAGACCGGUGUGUCUUCUUGGGGUCGGACUCUGGCUAAAGAUACUCACAAGGCUUCUGAAAAGAAAGUUUUGGAGGAAACAGUGGAGAAGAGUGAUGUAAAGGAGGUGAUAUCUGCCGUGGAGACCACGAAGAAAGCUGUCUUGAGUGAAACUGUAGGAAAUAAGAAUGGAUUAAAGAAAUCUACAGGAGAAGCUACUAAGAAGGAAAAUGCAGAAAGGAGAGGCGAAAUGGGAGAAACAAAGGAGAAAGCUGUCGCUAAGGAAACCGCCAAGAAAGCUGUUCUGAGUGAGAGUGCAGAGAAUAAGAGUGGUUUAAAGAAACCAGGAGGAGAAGCCAUUCAGAAAGAAACUACAGAAGGGAGAGGCGAAAAGGGAGACGCUAGGGAGAAAGCAAUCGUUAAGGAAAUUGUAGAAGGGAAUGCUUUGGUUGGACUAGCUGAGAAGAUGAAUCCAUGGAACUCAGAGGAGAAACUGAAUAGGAGAAGAGGAAUGGCGAAAGGCAAAACUGAAAGCAACGCCAAUGCUGAGAGAGUUGAGAAAAUUGAUGUAUUGGAAGAAGCUACAAGAAGAAUCAUUAAUGUCGAAAGUGCGGAAAGAAGCAUUACUACUCAACAAGUUGCUGCUCAAGAACUGAAGGAGACAGCGGCAAAAACUGAUUUGAGUGAAACUAGAAACAACAAGAAUGGUUUAAAGAAACCUACGGAGAAGGAAAAUAGAGAAGGGAGAGGCGAGAGGCGAGAAAUGGAGGAAAGUGUAGAAGGAAUGGGAAUAGCUGAGAAGGUGAAUCUGUGGAACUCCAAGGAGAAGAAGAACAGGAGAAGAGUUACGGAGAAAGGUAAAGGUAAGACCGAAGGCAAAGCUAAUACCGAGGCAAAUCAAGUGUUGCAAGAAGCUUCAAGGAGAAUCAGUAAUGUUGAAACUGCAGAGAGAAGUCUUGCUACUUCAAAGGAAACAGUAGUGGAGAAUGUUGUUGGUGCUCAAGAAAUGAAGGAUAAAAGAGAAACUACACGGAGUGAGUCUGAAGAGAAAGGAAGAAGAAAGAAAGAGGAAGAGUUUGCUUCUGUAGAAACCAAGUCCAAAGAUAUUAUUGAGGUGAAAAACAUGAAUCCUCUAGAAGUUACACCAGCACAAGAAUCUGCGGGUCAUGGCACACGAGAAAGGGCUAAAGAGAAGAAUUCUUCACAACAGGAUGAAAAAAUGUCGACUCUGCGAAAUCCAGAUGAAGAAAAUGGCAUGAGAGAAUUAGAAGAUGAAGAAACCAAUAAGGAAGAACGCGGAGAAAAAGGAGACAGCUUGAAUGAAGCAGCAAUAGAGUUUGUAAAUGAUGAAAAUGAAAUGGAAGAAGAAGAAGAUGAAUAUGGAGAUUAUGAUCAUUACAGUGGAGAAAAUAUGUCUGAUUGGAUUUACGAGAUAUCGAGGCCUCGAAGUUACUGGGAAGAUUUAAGGAAAGAAAGGUAUCUAGAGGUUCUCAACACUGAAUCAGAGAAAAAAGAUAUUUGCAACCUCAUUGAGAGCCAAACAGUUUCCAACUUUUUGACAAGCGAACUGCGACAAAAGAUCGAUAAUUUAAUGAUCACUCGCGUGCAAACUCACUUAGGCGUACCAAUCAAGAAAAAAGAAGACGAUGAUGAAGAUGGAGAAGAAGAAGAAGAAGAGUGGGUUGAGGAGUCUCCAGCAAGGAACCAAGAAGAUAAUGAAACAGAGGAAGAACCAGAGAAGACAAAUCUUGGAGCUGCAAGCGACGGUUGCAGCCAAUCAUCAGCAUGGAGUUUCAGGGAUCAAGACAUUGACAAAGAUCACGAACUGACAACGUCUUUUUCUCUUCCUGAGCCUUCAAUCCCAACAAAUCAAUCAACGCAGGAAAUGCAGAUGAUAAGUGAUCUCAGGGGACAGAUGGAGCAACUUCAACGAGAAGUGCUCGAGCUACGAAAUUCGGUUAAAUCAUGCGUAGAGAUGCAACUUCAUUUCCAGAAAUCUUUAACGCAAGAUCAUUCUCGUUCUGGCUCAUCUGCAGAACAACGAGUAGAUACAAAUAAAGAUCCUCUGAAACGCAAGUGUUGCGUUUGCUUAGAGCUGCCUGUUGACUCGCUCCUGUAUAGGUGUGGACAUAUGUGCACGUGCCUUAAAUGUGCUCAUGAAUUGCAAUGGAGCAGUAAGAAAUGUCCGAUCUGUAUGGCUCCAAUCGUCGACGUUGUGAGAGCGUUUCUUGAUUCUUAGGAUUCAUCAAGAAAACCAAGGAUUUUAAUUUCUCCUUUAAUUUGAAAUGUGACGCUGACAUAUCUGGAUAUACAUGAUAAACUCUUUUUGGCUUAAUGUGUAUUGAGAUCGAUCGUUACAAAACAGUUUCGAGAUUUCUAUAAUUUAAAUUUACUGCAACACAAAUGAUAAAUUCUUGUUUGCGCUAGGACAACAUGAUAAACCAUUCAAUGUUCUGCAUAAU